AUGGAUUAUAUCCUUGUUAAAGCUUUUGAAUAUGGCACAGUCAACAGUGCCAAGCAAGGAAGUGCAAGAACGCUGAAUUCAGCACAUGACUGGUGGCCACUGAAAAAGGAGAAAUCACCAGCAGCCGGUCCCCGGCCGCCAGUUCCACCGGUGUCCGUGGCGGCGGUGCUACCCGCCGGAGGCAGCGGAGAGCGCAUGGGUGGCGGGACGCCGAAGCAGUUCUGCGCCCUCCUGGGAAGGCCUCUAAUUAGCUAUACGGUGGGAGCGAUGGAAAGAAUUGCCUGGAUCUCUGAUAUUGUCGUGGUGGUGUCUCCAGAGAAUAUUGAAAUAAUGAGGUCUAUCUUAAAAAAAUAUGGCCACAAUCGGACAGUAGUAGUUCAAGGUGGAAUGACUCGUCAUAGAUCUAUCUUCAAUGGACUGGAAAUAUUUGUAAAUGGCGACUGUGUCAGUCCCCUACUUAAGAAACCAGAAGUAGUGAUAGUCCAUGAUGCUGUGAGGCCAUUUGUUGAAGAAGAUAUUCUUUUUAAAGUAGUUAUGGCUGCAAAAGAACAUGGGGCAGCAGGAGCAGUCCGUCCUCUUGUUUCUACUGUUAUUGCUUCCUCUGCAGAUGGAUGUUUAGACCAUUCGCUAGAUCGUGCCAAAUACAGAGCAAGUGAAAUGCCUCAGGCUUUCUUAUUUGAUAUAAUCCAUCAAGCAUAUCAUCAGUGUAGUGACUAUGACCUGGAUUUUGGAACAGAAUGUUUACAUCUUGCUCUAAAAUACAGCAAAACAAAUGCCAAACUUAUUGAAGGCCCCCCUGACUUAUGGAAGGUGACCUACAAACGGGAUCUGUAUGCAGCUGAUUCUUUAAUUAAGGACACUGUAUCACAACAAAUUUGUCUUAUCACUGAUAUGAAGGAAGAUGCUGUGCAAGUAGGCUUCCUCCUUCAUGAAGCACUGAAGAGUCAUGUGAAAGUAAUUUAUGCACCAGCCACCAAUGUUGAAGAGUCUACUGUGCAUCUGAAGGGCAUUCUUCCUAAUGUGAACACUGCUUUUCUUUAGGAUAAAUCAUCUGACUUCCAAGAAAUUUGUCAACUAGUGGAAACACUUGAAAACACAAAUGCUUCUGUUUUAUAUUCUCUUGUCAUCAUCUCGGUACACUUGGACAUUUUAAAUAGUGCAUCUUCUUGCAAUGAAAACCAGAGCUUGACUAAACUUGCAAAAGAAAUAAAAAAGAAAAAUAUUUUACUUUAUGGUCUGAUUAUACAUUACAGAAAGGACAGCCUGAUGCUGGAAGAGACCAUAGAUUCAGCUGCUGCACUUAUCAUGGCAUUAAUAAGGGAAAGAAAUCCUGUCUUUGUUGGCCAGAUCCUGGAAGCAUGAAAAGAGAGGGAACAUUUAUUUCAAGCAAACUUCCUUGUUUUUCUCACCCAGAAGGAAGAAAACUGAUCUAUCCUUAAUUGACAAGACAGGCAAGAAAAUGAAGUAAGUUGUGGUGGGAAAUUAUAUAUUGACAUAUGCAAAUUGCUUAAAUAUAAGCAACAGGAUCUGGACUGAGAUAAAAAGUCAGAAAAAUAAUCAGCUACAGCUAGCAUCGACUGAAUAAAGUCAGUUCACCGAUUAAUGAGAAAGCAGGUCCUUUAACAAACUGAAAUCUGUUGUUGUUGCUUGGCGUCAAGGUGCCUCCAAUUUACAGCGACCCUGCAAAUGAGAGAUCUACCAAAUAUCCUGGCCUCAACAGCCCUGUUCAGCUCUUGCAGACUCAAGUAAAUCCAUCUUAUAUAUGGUCUUCCUUUU